AUGUUACAGAUAUUUUGUAGCACAAGAAAGUCAGUUCUGCAAACAAGCACUAUUCUUCUUCAAAACAUUACAUUUCAUUUCACCACUGUUCAGAAAAUUACUCUCGAAGAGGCCUGUGAAAGUUUGCUGGAUUCUAAAUUGAAAGACAUGGUGAAGUAUGGUGUUGGAUUCCACCAUGCAGGAUUGAGUGCUUCUGAUAGACAUAACAUUGAGGAGCUAUUUAAAUCUGGAUUUCUUCCCAUAUUGGUUUCAACAAGUACUUUAGCAAUGGGUGUUAACUUGCCGGCACAUUUAGUUAUAAUUAAGUCCACUGCCCAGUAUGUGAAUGGCUCAUGGGAAGAAUAUUCUGAGGGACAAAUUCUUCAAAUGAUGGGCAGAGCUGGUAGACCCCAGUUUGACUCUUCUGCCACUGCAAUUAUUUUGACUAAAAACACAUUGAAAGAAAAGUAUGAGAAGAUGGUAUCAGGCACAGAUAUUGUGGAAAGUAACUUGCACAGAAAUCUACCUGAACAUCUCAACUCUGAAAUUGUCCUAGGAACAAUCACAGACAUAGCUGUUGCAGUAAACUGGCUCCGAUCUACAUUCCUAUACAUCAGAGCUAUGAAAAAUCCUAGGCGAUAUGGCAUUCCUGAAGGUCUCCCUCAUGCGGAAAUGGAAGCUCGCUUGCAAGCCAUGUGUAUGAGAGAAUUAAAUGGCUUGGAAAAAUAUGAAUUAAUUAAGAAAACUGACUUUGCUUAUAAUGUUGAACCAACUGAAAACGGAAAGCUAAUGGCAAGGCUUUAUAUAGCUUUUGAUACCAUGAAACUAUUUAUGAAGAUGAACGGUAAAGAAACGAUCCCUCAGUUGCUGGAAUUGAUAUGUCUGUGUCAUGAGUUUUCUGACAUUCAUCUGAGAAUAGAUGAGAGAAGCACACUUAAUCGCCUUAAUAAUGAUAAGACCCAAGAAACAAUCCGUUUCCCACUCAAAGGAAAAAUAAAAACCAAAGAAAUGAAAAUUAAUUGUCUUAUUCAGGCAUCAUUAGGCUGUCUUCAGAUUCCAGAUGUUUCACUAGUUCAAGAAUGCUUUAAAAUUCUAAGACUAACCGAAAGAAUAUGUAAAGCAUUAUCGCUGUACCUAUGGCAAAGAAAAUGGUAUGAGGGACUUGCAAGUUCUCUCACUAUUACUAAAUCGAUAGGAGCAAAGAUGUGGGAAAACUCGAGUCAUCUAACUCGGCAACUACCAGGCAUAGGCCCAGCUCUAUCAUCUCUUCUAGCAGCUGCUGGGAAAACUUCAUUCAAAUCCAUCAUGGAGUCAAAUCCACGAGACUUAGAAAGGAUUAUUAAUAAACAUCCUCCAAUGGGCAACAGUUUGCAAGAAAUGGCAAGAUCCAUACCACAGUAUUCGCUAGAACUAAAUUACCAAAGUUUUUCAAAGAAGUUAUAUGUUUGUUUAAAACUUAUAAAUUAUGAUAAAAUCAUUGAUCCAAGUCAUACAUUUAGUUUACUUGUUGCCGGAUGUAAUAAUGAACUCCUCCGGAAAGAGAAAAUAAGAGAUGCUGCUUUUAUUCAACAAAAGGGAGAAAUUAAUUUUACUAUUAAUAUACAACCUGAAAUGAAAAUAGAAGCUGUAACAGUGCAUGUUAUCAGUGAAAAAUUUGUUGGUGUCGAUGUGAAAAAAGUUGUAGCCAUUUGUUCCCAAUACCAAUUUUUUUCAAAAGAAGAAGUUGAAAACCUAUAUUCAGAUGAAGAAAGCUUGGUUUCAUCAGACAAGAGUUUUGAUGAAAAAUCAACUGCUGUGGUGACUGAAAAUAAAAAUUCAUCAAAGAAACCUGCAAACAGACAGAAUUUGGUGAAAAUUACAAAAGAAAAGGAAAAAAAACCUAUCAAAUCAAAAUACCAAACUAGCCUACACCAAUUUGCUUUUAAAAGUUCGCGCCAACAAUUAAAACAUCAUGAAAAGGAAAACAAAAAUUUUGAUAAUGAGGUAUCAAGUACUCAAGAUAAUUGUGUGAAAUAUGACUCAACACCAUCAUCAGUUAAUUUAGAAAAAUCCAGCGAUAUUUAUGUUUUGAAUUCUAAGAAUGAAAAGAGAAUGAAACUAGAAAUGGAAUAUAAUUGGUAUUUUAAACAGAACUUAGAAAUUAAUAAAAAUAAAACCAACGAUUAUGAUUUAGCACUUCCCUCAAGCUCCAACUAUAUUGUGCCUGGUUUACAAAUAAAUAAUGAUAAAAACUCCCAAUGUUUUUUAUCAGAUCCCGGAAACAGCCAAAUAUCUAGAUCAGUCAUUCCAAAAUCAAAACGUGAACAUGGCAGUUUUGAGAAAUCUCAUCUUCCUGUGAUUCAAAAUACUCAUAACUUCCAGAACACAACUUUCAAAGAAAAUGAAUCCCAUUGCCUGCAAAUGUCAUCAAAUGAAAAAUAUAACUCCCAAGUUUCUUAUGAUUCUAGUCAAAAUAUAAGUAAUCAAAGAAAACCUCUUCAGUUAUCUCCACGUCAAUUUUUCAGGUCUGGUAAACAUUUACCUCAAAAACCAAAUGAUUCUACAAAAAGGAAAAGGAAUUUUUUCCCAUUGUUUAUGCCUCUUGAUUAUAAAGAAGAAAAUAUGGAAGAUGCUUCUGUAGAUGCAAAUAAAGAUCAGGAGACCCAAUAUAAUGAAAAUUUGACUUUGGAAACUUCAGCAAAUAAUGUUCCACUGUCACAAGAAAGUAAAAUGAAUCCAACAGUCAUUAAUGAUGGAAUAACCCUUAAAAAUCAAGAACUUAUGUUAAAGCCAGUAGUCACACAAGAUUCAAAAAAGAAAGGAAAUAUAACGCAUGUGAAGAAAGGAGAUAUAAGAAUGUUCCAGAAGACUCUAGAUAAAUCUAAUAAUACUAUUGAUUCAAAUAAAACUGUGUCAUCAGACAUUUCAGUUCAAGCAUCUCAACAAUCCAUGAUUGAAACACCAAUAGAAGUUUCUCAUCAAAAUAUAUCAGAAAAUAAGGAAAUAAGGUUUUAUUCUCAGUUUGAUGACUUAUUUUAUGAUUCCCCACCUGAAAGAAAAAAUCAAGAUGUUAUUGAUCUUUGCCCAUCUUCGAGUGAAGAAAAUACCAAGGAAACUAAUAGAUCUUUAAGAAGUUUACAGGUUGAUGUUGAUAUGUCUGAAAAAAAUGUCAGUGAUGAUUUUUCUCCAACAUUUGAUUUAUGUGAUUUUACUAAAAAGAAGAUAGAUUUUGGUAAAAAUAUUGAUGAAGGUGAUGAGUUACCUUCAGAUGAAACAGAUUCAGAAUCAGAUAUCGAUUCAUUAUGUGAAGAUUUGAGACCUGAACAAAAAUCAUUGAGAAGUGAUUAUGGAGAUCCAUUUGCACCAGUUCAUGACUCUGCUACUCUCCAGAGGUUACUUGAAAAGUCGAGAAAAGAUGAUGCUCAAGAAGAAAAUCUUUCAUGGCAUAAUAACCAACGAUGCUUAGAAUUUUUAAACCAAACUGGAUCUCAUGAAAUUAUCCAUGCCGAUGAUUCAGUAGACGGGAAUAAAAACCUUUCCACGCAAAAAAGUUUUGCAUCUUCUGAAAAUCAUUAUGAAAAGAAAUUUUGUAGAAGUGAUUAUCUACAGCAAGAUAAUCCAGAUGAUAACCAAACAUUAUUGUCCGAGUAUUUUCAUACAAAAAAUUCAGAUUUGAAAAAUCCCUCAGUUAAACACUUUUUUCAAGUUCAGAAAGAAUUGGAUUACAAGCAAUCGCUUCCAUUUAAAUAUAAUUUCAAUCAAAGAAAUAAUUUAGCCAGUAAAAUUCCACACUGUAUGGCUGUAGCACAACCUACCAAAGAACACCAGGCUGAAAAAGUUCCUUCAAAAAUUACUUAUAAUGCUCAUUCAUCUCAUAAACAUUCGGUUAUCUUUGACAACGCUCCUUCUCCUCAGCAAAUAGAACAAUUUAAAAAAAACAUGUUUCAAAAUUCAAUAUUUUCUCAGAAAACACAGGCUGUGAAAAAUCCAAAAUCUAGCGUUCCGGAAGGUCCCUUACCGAGACUCUCUCAUCUUCUUUUUGACAAAAAACAUUCACCCCGAACACCACUCAACAAUUUCCAGACUGCUUCUAGUCUAAUGAAACCAAUGUCAAAUCCUUAUCAUUCCUGUCCGCAGAGGAGAAGUGAAGAACAUUAUAAAAUAAAAACCAACUUAAAUCAUGAACAGAGGAGUCCUAUGCCAACUAAACCAAAAUUGGUAUCUAGUGAGGAAACUGCAAGAAGUGUAAAUUCACCUUUAAAUUCAUGGCCCACUUCAAUACAAGAUAGAUUUCCUACGAACAUGGCAAACCAGGGGUUUCUGAAUUUCGCUACUCAGCAAAACCCUCUUUUGCAGCCAUUGAUUGUACAGGAGCGACACUAUUACAAUAUUUCUGCAUGUAAUCAUGACAGAAAUAACCAACCUAAAACACCAAGCAGAAAUAUGAAUCCUGAAUAAGUUUAUUAUAAAUAAUAAUUACCUAUAGUUUUAUUUUGUGAGAACAGAAAUAAUACAGUUCUAAAUGAAAAUAGCUCAAAGAUAGAAACACCAAUGGAACUUGAACAGUCUAUUCCUAAUGCUUAUUAUAAUACUUUUUUAUUUAUUUAUUGUAGCUUAUGAAAUAUUGAAUUAAAUCUAAUAAAUUUUUUACUUGUAUUUAUCUGACAUACCUCAAAAUGAAAGUUAAACCUUUCUUUUUACUCAAUAAUUCCAGUACUGUUUCUGUCCUUUCUGCAUAAAGUUAAGCAGA